UUACUCAGCUGCAACAGAGAAGUGUGAUCGAAGGAACUGCUGCAUCUGCAUGCAUCGCGCGCGUGCGUUUGUGUUUAUUGAUGUAUGUACGAUGUAUUCUACUACACAGUUCUUUCCAUUCUUUUCCCAUGCGUUUAGCAGAAUGAGUAUUAGUAACUGAAAUUAUAAUUUUCGAUAUAUAAAAGUAUGUAACUUUCCGAUAUGUCCAUCGUCUUUAUAUUAUCAAGGUUAGGAAUGUGCAUGGGAAAUUUUACGAUUUUAUGAUCACCCUGUAACAGAUUAAAAAUCUGCAAAUGUUUUCGAUUAUAAAACACUGUAGUAUAACCGAUAAUUUAUCUUUUCUCCAUUUAUUAAGACUUCAGUGUGCUAACAUUUACCGAAACAUGUCAGUAGAUCUUAAUAUCGCAGAGGUGAAUGGUACUGAGAAAAAUACGAAAAGGCAUGUAAAUGAUGAAAAUAAUGAUGAAGUUGCAAUAAAAGUACCGAAAGUAGAAGAAACAACUGAAAAAAUAAGACAAAAAACAAGCAACUUUGUAAUAAUGCUGGGUUAUCUUGGCAGAGAUUACUAUGGAAUGCAAAGAAAUCCUGGCCUAAAAACGAUAGAAGAGGAUUUAAUACUUGCUUUGUUUAAAUCUAAUUUAAUUAACAAGGCCCAGUUUGAUGAUAUUCGGGAACUUAAGUUUCAGAGAGCUGCGCGUACAGAUAAAAGUGUUUCUGCAGUUAGACAAAUUGUUUCUCUUAAAUUACCAAGAGAUAUAGCAAAGAAAGAGGUAAUAAAUGAACAUUUGCCUAAGGAAAUUAGAGUAUUUGGUCUUAAAAGGGUAACAAAAGGUUUUAAUAGUAAAAAUCAGUGUGACGCAAGGACAUACAGAUAUGUUAUACCAACAUUCGCAUUAGCACCAGAAGAUCCAAAUUCCUUAUUAAAUACAGAAGAUGAAAUAGAUGUCGACAAACGCUUAGAACAACUUUCUACUAUAGAUGGAAAACCAUAUAACGAAUUUCGAUUAACCAGAGAUAUGAUCGAUAAACUCAAUGAAAAUUUAAAAUUAUUAGAAGGCACAAACAAUUUCCAUAAUUUUACUAUAAAAGUGAGACCCAAAAAUCCAUCUGGUCGCCGCUAUAUUAUAUCAUUUAAUUGUACUGAAUUAUUUGUCGCAAAUAACAUGGAAUUUGCGGUGUUAGAAAUUAAAGGACAAAGCUUCAUGCUUCAUCAAAUUAGAAAAAUGGUAUCUUUAGUAGUAGGUAUCUGUAGGAAUAUUGUUACGCCAGAUAUUGUUAACACGGCGUUUUCAUUAGAGAGGAUAGAUAUUCCUAUAGCACCGGGUCUUGGAUUAAGUUUACAUCAUGUCCAUUACCGAUAUUACAACCAGAGGUAUGGAAAUGAUGGAAUUCAUGAAGCAUUAGAUUGGGAAGAAUGUGAUAAGGAAGUGGAACAAUUUUAUAAAGACUACAUUAUUAAAAACAUAGUAGACACGGAAUGUGCGGAAAAAACGACAUUAAAUUGGUUGGCAUCAUCUCUCACACCAAAAAGAUUUUGUACCAGAGAUGUUUGACAUGAUGAAAAUACUGUUCAUAAUAAAUAACAUUGUAUUUACGUUUCAAACUUGUACGAAAUACAUUUCUUAAUAAUUAAAUUUAUUUAGUUUAUAAA